CAACUUCAACAAAAUCCUGCGCGGAACCUGAACCAACGCGUCCACAGUGCACAGAGUGUGAUUCAACAAUCUGCCGAUAAAAAACAUGAGAAUAAUGCUACCAAAUUGCGAGUCUCUAUUUUAAACCAAAACACGUCAAAUUCCGGGAAAAAUGAUCAAUAUGAACCGACAUCCCCUAGAGAGUUGCUUAAUAAGGCCAAGUCAAUAGCAGCUAGAAAAGCAAAAAGGGAUAGUCGAACGUUCAGCUUGGAGGAGAGAGAACAAUUAAAAAACAAUACUUUCCUCACUGAUGCAGCUAAUGUUGGUGAUUUGACUGUUUUGACUAGUAAUGAUGUCACUCAAAAGAAAGACAAGAGAAGAACCAAACUAUUUAGCUUAGAUGAAAUUAGAUCUUUAGGAAGUAUGAGUCCCUCUGUGUCUUCGACCUCUCCGAUUGAGAAGGAAACCGAAAAAGUCUCGACCGACGAGAGCGGGACUUCAA